UACAAAACUCUGUGCUUUGGACUGACUUGUAUCCUCUUUGCUUAUUAUAUUUAUACACCAAUACCAGAAAACAUUGAAGAACCCUGGAAAGUAAGGACCAUUGAUGCUGCUAUAAAAAUAACUUCACUUAUGGCAAGAAUACCAGAGUUGGUUGCCAUUUCCUCCUCCAGAGAACCUUUCCAACCCAGAAACGGAACCCGCCUCUCCUGCAUCUCCUGAGUUGGCAGGUGGAUUUUUUAUCACUGGCCCACCUGGGAAGUCUUUAAGCCUCUUAAGAACUUUUUAACCUAGCAUAAAAUCACAAAGAUUUUCUCCUAUGAUAUCUUCUAAGAGGCUACAUUAUUGGAAAAAAUAGGUCUUAAAAGAUUUGAUGAAUUGUUUUCCAUGUUAAUGAAACUGGACUACACACUACCAAUUUCAGAUGAAAACGUUACAGUGAUGGAUAUAACCUUUAGUGAUAUUCCAGUACGUUUGUACUUGCCUAAGAGGAAGUCAGCAAGCCAGAGACCAGCUGUAAUUUUUGUUCAUGGUGGUGCCUUUGUUUUGGGAAGUUGUAAAUUAGCAGCUUUGGACCUCCUGAAUAGACAGACGGCAAAGAAUCUUGGUGCUGUCGUUGUGGGAGUGGAAUAUUUUAGAUGUAGAUUGUUGUUGUUCAGUCUCCCAGUCGCAUCUGACCCAGUUGCAACCCCAUGGACUGCAGCAUUCCAGGCCUUCUUGUCCUUUACCAACUUCUGUUACAGAUUAGGUCAUCAAUAUCAAUUUCCUGUUGCCCAUGAAGAUGUCGUUUCUGUGGUCAAAUUCUUUCUACAAGAUAAGAUUCUUGCAAAAUAUGGAGUGGAUCCCGCUCGAGUCUGUAUUUCAGGUGAUAGUGCUGGGGGUUUAAUUGCAGCGGCAGUGGCUCAGCUGAUACAGAAUGAUCCAGAAUUCAAAAAUAAGCUGAAAGCACAAGCUUUAAUUUACCCCAGCUUACAGGUCAUUGAUAUCGCCAUUCCUUCUCAAAGAGAAAAUGAACAUGGUCUAAUUCUGUCAAAGAAACUGGGAAUAGAACUUGCAUGCCUGUAUUUGACUCAGGAUAAAGCACUCCCCCAGGCAAUGAUGAAAAAUCAACACAUGCCUCAUGGUUCAAGGCAUCUGUUCAAGUUGGUUGACUGGAGUAUCUUCCUUCCUGAGAAGUAUAAGAAGAACCAUGUAUAUGCAGAACCAAUUCUUGGAAGACUUAAUCCUUCGUAUUCAGCACUUUUGGAUAGUAGGUUAUCACCCUUGGCAGUCAAUGAUUCCCAGUUGCAAAAUUUGCCCUUAACUUACAUCCUCACCUGUCAAUAUGAUCUUAUAAGAGAUGAUGGACUUAUGUAUGUCUCACGACUUCAAAAUGUUGGAGUUAAAGUUUCUCAUGACCAUAUGGAGGAUGGAAUCCAUGGAGCUUUAUCAUUCAUGGCUUCACCAAUUAAUUUACAGCUAGGCAUUAGAAUAAAAGAUAAGUAUAUUAAUUGGCUAGAAGAAAAUCUAUAAAUAAUACAUAUAGCUCACUAAUCAGUUAUAGUAUAAAGGAUAUAUUUUGAGAUUUGUGAGUUUAAGGGACAACAUCAUGAUUUUAGCUUUGGAUAAAUUUAGGUUUAAAUCAAAGCAAAAUAACUAUGUAUCUUGGAAAAAAUUAGUUUACCUAAUCUUAAACCCUGCUACAGUGAAGACUUCUACUAUAUUUAUCCUAAUAUAUAUCAUUUAUUCUCCCUGACACAUGGCAAAUAUUCACCAAUCAUAGUAAAGUAUAAAAACAAAGUAUGAUUAUAGGCAAAAUAUACACAAUAGUUUCAAGACAGUGACAGGAAUGAUAGUGGUAAGUGAGGAUAAGUUUUAAGAAAAACAAAAACUUGCAGUUUUCUUUAGGCAGUUUUCUUUAGAUAGGGUUGCUAUCUUCAAGUCAUUUUGUCAGUUAAUCAUUCAUACAUUGAUUUCGUGCACUCUGUAGACUGUUAGUUUUCUUUCAUUCAUUUAAUACACAAGUCUGCUCCCAGG